UCUGACACGUGAUUCGUAGAUCAGAGCUCAGAGCUGUUGCUGUUUUCAGGAAAUGAAACUCACACAGUCACUGUGACCGAGAGGAGAAAUGGAGCAGAACCAGCUGGACCGAGAAACCUUCUCCUGUUCGAUCUGUCUGGAUCUACUGAAGGAUCCGGUGACUAUUCCCUGUGGACACAGCUACUGUAUGAAGUGUAUUAAAAACUUCUGGGAUGAAGAGGAUCACAAAGGAAUCCACAGCUGCCCUCAGUGCAGGAAAACUUUUCUACCGAGGCCUGAGCUGAGUAAAAACACCAUGUUAGCAGCUUUAGUGGAGCAGCUGAAGAAGACUGGACUCCAAGCUGCUCCUGCUGAUCUCUGCUAUGCUGGACCUGAAGAUGUGGCCUGUGAUUUCUGCUCUGGAAGAAAACUGAAAGCCAUCAAGUCCUGUUUAGUCUGUCUGGCAUCUUUCUGUGAGAAACACCUUCAGCCUCAUUAUGAUUCAGCUGCAUUCAAGAAACACAAGCUGGUGGAGCCCUCCAAGAACCUCCAGGAGAACAUCUGCUCUCGUCAUGAUGAGGUGAUGAAGAUGUUCUGUCGUACUGAUCAGAAGUGUAUCUGUCUUAUCUGUUUAAUGGAUGAACAUAAAGGCCACGACACAGUGUCAGCUGCAGCAGAAAGGACUGAGAGGCAGAGAGAGCUGGAGGUGAGACGAGAAAACAUCCAGCAGAGAAUCCAGGACAGAGAGAAAGAUGUGAAGCUGCUUCAACAGGAGCUGGAGGCCAUCAAGCACUCUGCUGAUAAAACAGUGGAGGACAGUGAGAAGAUCUUCACUCAGCUGAUCCGUCUCAUCCAGAAAAGAAGCUCUGAUGUGAAGCAGCAGAUCAGAUCCCAGCAGGAAACUGAAGGGAGUCGAGUCAAAGAGCUUCAGGAGAAGCUGGAGCAGGAGAUCACUGAGCUGAAGAGGAAAGACGCUGAGCUGAAGCAGCUCUCAGACACAGAGGAUCACAACCAGUUUCUCCACAACUACCCCUCACUGUCAGCACUCAGUGAGUCUACACACUCAUCCAGCAUCAAGAUCCGUCCUCUGAGCUACUUUGAGGAUGUGACAGCAGCUGUGUCAGAGCUCAGAGAUCAACUACAGGACAUCUUGAGAGACGCAUGGACAAACAUCUCACUGAGACUCACUGAGGUGGAUGUUUUACUGUCAGAACCAGAGAGCAGAGCUGGAUUCUUGAGAUAUUCAUGUGAAAUCACACUGGAUCCAAACACAGCAAACAAUAAUCUGUUACUAUCAGAGGGGAACAGGAAGGUGACAUUUAUGAAUCAACCUCAGUCUUAUUCUAGUCAUCCAGACAGAUUCACUGGUUGUUUUCAGGUUCUGAGUAGAGAGAGUCUGACUGGACGUUGUUACUGGGAGGUGGAGAGGAGAGGUAUAGUUUAUGUAGCAGUUGCGUACAACAAUAUUCAUAGAGCGGGAAGAUGGAAGAAAUGUGGAUUUGGACAGAAUGACAAAUCUUGGGCAUUAUAUUGUUCCCAAAACGGUUACGAAUUUGGUCACAACAACAUCUUGACCUACAUCUCAGGUCCUGGUUCCUCCAGAGUAGGAGUGUACCUGGAUCACAGAGCAGGUAUUCUUUCCUUCUACAGCGUCUCUGAAACCAUGACUCUCCUCCACAGAGUCCAGACCACCUUCACUCAGCCGCUACAUGCUGGAGUUAAUGUUUGGUGGGGCCGAGGUUCCGCUGAGUUCUGUAAACUCAAGUAACUGAAGUAUUUCUGUUUGAUUCCUUCUAAAGUUUUUUAUUCAAUAAUUUUUAGCGUCUUUGCUGGGUUUUUUUGUACUUUUCGGUGCAACAACAGGUUUCUUAUAGUUAAAAUAUAAAUUGCUCCCAGUUUAUUUAAUGUAUUUUCUAGCAAAUUAGUUUACAGGAAGAAAAUUAAAUGUGCUUAUUUAAAUAUAAAAAGUUCCAGUUGCUUUUGAAGCUUAAAGCAGCGUCUUGGUUGUUUUGAUUGAUCUUUCUACUAAAAUGCUAAUAAAAUCUUUAGAAGUUCAUCAGUUCAAGCAAAUUAAACAUCCCUUUGUUUCCUUCAUGAAUGUAAAUAAAAAAUUGAGCAUGAAAACAGAAGAUUGUUGAAAUGUAAAGAUGUCUGUGAAAUAUUCCCAAUUAAAGCACCAUUUUCAUGGUUGCAACUAA